GCGUAGGUCAAGAAGUAGGAUACUGUUUUCUUAUGGUAUUCGGUCUCAAGUUGCUUAAAACCGCGACAGAUAAUUUACCACACACCUUUGUUACUAACUGUAAAUUGCUGCAAUAUUUGUUGAAAUUCGUUCGUUAUUCGUUUGGCAGUUGCCCAGGAAAAACAUGUGGUUUAAUAAGUGUGUUUGUGUUCUCCUUGGAUUUUUUGUAAAUGUUCCAGUGCUUUCUUUUAACACAGGUCCAGCACAUGAGAAAUUAGUCGUAUGUUAUCUUGGAAGUUGGUCUGUAUACAGACCAGGAAGGGGAUCAUUUACAAUUGAACACUUAGAACCGUCACUAUGCACUCAUGUAAUCUAUUCUUUCGCGGGUCUGUCUGUGAAAAACAAUUCAAUUAGGUCUCUAGAUCCCUGGCAAGACUUGACAGAGGAUCAUGGGAAAAGUGGAUACCAAAGAAUAACCAUGUUAAGAAACAGAUACCCUCAUCUUAAAGUAACUCUAGCUAUUGGCGGUUGGAACGAGGGUUCGAGUAAUUAUUCUCAACUGGCGGCUAAUCCAGUGAGAAGGAGUGAAUUUGUUUCUAAUGCAUUGGAAUUCGUAAAGAAAUACCAUUUCGAUGGUCUCGACUUGGACUGGGAAUUCCCCGGAAAGAGAGGGGGAACCCCGGAAGACAAAUUAAACUUUUUAUUAUUAGUAAAGGAAUUAAGGGCAGCUUUUAGAAAACAUAAUCUACUUCUGACUGCUGCCUUUGGUGCUGGUAAAGACACCAUAGACGGUGGGUAUGACGUAGAGGGACUUUCUCUUUACUUAGAUUUUAUUCAUAUGAUGUGCUACGACUACCAUGGAACCUGGGAUGGAAAAACUGGUGCUAAUGCCCCUUUAAGAAGUAGCGAUGACGUAUUCAGUGAUGAAUAUUCUAUAAAUUAUAUGUUGAAACUCGGGGCACCAGCUAGCAAGUUAGUCAUGGGGAUUCCACUUUACGGCAGAACCUUCAUCUUGGAGGAUCCGAUAUCUCCGUCACCAAAGAGGAAACCAAGAUUGGGAGCUAUAGCUGGAAGUACUGGCUUCCAAGGACCUUACACGCGAGAAAACGGGUUCAUGGGCUACAAUGAGAUUUGUGUGGAGCUGAAAAACACCACGGCUGGCUGGAAGACGUAUUGGGAUGAACAAUCAAGAACACCAUUCGCCGCAACCGGAAAUCAGUUAAUAUCUUACGAUAACGAACAAUCGAUCGCGGAAAAAGUCCAGUUUGCUAUGGAGAAGGGUCUAGCUGGCAUCAUGGUUUGGUCGGUCGAUACGGACGAUUUUCAUGGGGACUGUUCGGACGGCGAUGACGAAACGUUCGUUAACUUCCCCCUUAUGAGGUGCAUUAACAAGUCUAUCAUCCAAUCGCUCAAAUAUAUCGAAAAUACUAUUAGUCAGAAAAAGGAGCUUGGAGCUGGUUCUGUUAGCAAAAAUAUUCCUUGUGUAAUUGUUGUUAUGUUGGCAAUUGCUUUUAGUUUAAUACGUUAAGUUUACGCAAGGCUGUGACUGUCUUCUAUGUAAGUAUAUGUAUAUAUAAAAUGACGAUUAUACCUAUAAUAUGAACAUACAAAUAUGUAAUUAGUGAUUUAGUAAGGAAUGUUACAAAUAAUCGUAUCGUACAUACACUAGGUACGACUAUUUAAAAAAAUCAGGACAAAAAUGCAAAUAAUAAUAUAUAGAGAAAACUGACUGCAAAAUCUAGUCCAUUUAAUCAAUACUCAGUUAUUUUUUUCUCCGUUUGGGAUCCGAACUUAAUUUGCAUGUUUUUUUUUAUAUUUAAUCUAAACAAUCACACGCUAACUCUUAUAUUGCCGACAGGCAUGGAAAGACUAAGAUAGUAAAUUUAUGUCAUCUAUUAAACUUUAUUUUUUUCCUAUUCUCCUCUCCGCAGCAGGUUAUACAUGGUGUCGAUAUAUUCCACCGACAAAAUUUUGCAGGUAAUUCUCCGGAUGAAAGUACAAAAUCUUGUUUGAUAUACAGAGUGACAAUGUUGAAUUUUUUUUAGUUAUCGUCAUUAGUUUUACACAUUUUUUAAAAUAAUUCAAUCAGUUUGAGGAUCGUCGGAAUAUACAGUAUGCAAAAAAAUAAUGGAAAGGGGUUCAUUAUUCCCAACACAAUAGUUUCAUAUUUCCUCUGACACAUAGAUUUUGCAUUUUAAGAAGACACUUUUUCAUGUACUCCCGCCUCUCGGAGUUGGUUGUUAAUUUUUUUUAAAGGGAACUAUAAUUCAUGUAGAAUAUAAAGAGUGACCGCAAAAAACCUGUGAU